AUGGACCCAAACAAAGUGUUAUGGUCUGUUAUUGGCACCAAUAUGGGUGUGUACCUCAUGUGGCAGUAUGCUAUCAAUUCAUACAAGCAGUUUGGCGAUUCGCACUGGUUGAAUAUCAUGGGAAAACACUUUAUUAGUUCGCCAGAAGCUAUGCAUAAUGGGCGAUAUCACACACUCUUGACAUCUGCAUUCUCGCAUAAAUCGUUGGAGCAUCUAGGUCUCAACAUGCUGGUACUCUACAGCAUUGGACAAGGUGUCAUUGAGGCAAUUGGAGCAUCACGAUUCUUGAUUUUGUAUGCAGGUGCCGGUAUCACUGCUUCAUUGGUAGGAGUGGGCUACAGAAAGUAUAUUCGGCCCUUGCUGGAGAAGGAGAAAUAUGGUCGCAGCAAAGAUCCUAGGCUCAUGGGAGGCUCCAUGGGGGCAUCAGGUUCUGUCAUGGCUAUCACAUCCUUCUUUGCCUGCGCAUAUCCAAGAGCUACAUUUCUAGUAUUUUUCAUUGUGCCUAUGCCGGCCAUUGCCGUUGUGGGUUUGUUCGCAGCAUAUGACAUUUACCAAGCAUCCACGCUGGAGGGUGGGAUUGUGGACAGUGCUGCCCAUAUAGGUGGUGUCGCUUACGGUGCUGGAUAUUGGUUCUUGCGAGUUCGACCAAUGCUAAGAGCUGGUAGAUGGAGAGUUUGA